AUGAGACAACUGAUCGGCAAGUUGAUGAGCACCUUCCGGAAACAGGAACACAAGGUUAUCAUCGUGGGACUGGACAAUGCAGGAAAGACCUCCAUUCUCUACCAGUUCCUGACAAAUGAGGUGGUCCCUACAUGUCCCACCAUCCGUAGCAACGUGGAGAAGAUUGUUUGGCAAAAGACCCACUUCUUCAUGUGGGACAUAGGAGGAGAGGAGGCUCUGCGCUCCUCUUGGAACACAUACUACUCCAGUGCUGAGUUCAUCAUCCUUGCGAUUGACAGCAUGGACCGGGAUCAACUGCUGACCGCUCUGUAGGAGCUGUAUAAGAUGCUGGCCCAUGAGGCUCUAUGAGAUGCUUCCGUCCUGAUCUUUGCCAAUAAGCAGGACAUGAAGGACUCCAUGACCACUGUGGAGAUCUCCCAAUUCCUCACCCUUAGUGCCAUCAAAGACCACCCGUGGCACUGGCACAUACAGGGCUGCUGUGCCCUCACCGGGGAAAGGCUGCCUGCCGGGCUUCAGUGGAUGCAGUCUUGGGCCACUGUCAACUGA